GCGAAAAACGUCGGUUAUACUAUGCAUAUAUAAGUAUAUACAUUUAUCACGUCGUCGGUGCGGGGUGUGCUGCUUGUGCGAACCGCGUGAUGUGUCACCCCGAUAGGCUCCUCCUGACGACUCCUCGCCGCGAACGCGUUUAAUCAACCGCGCGCGGGCGCUCUCCGCCACACCACAAAACAGCUUUUCGUCGAACGUUUCCAAGGACGCUGAUGCAGUCGACGACGACGCGCAGUACUUACCGGUAUAAAUUGUAUUAUUACACUCAGAAGUACAACCUCACGGGCACUACCUAAGCCCUUAAACAUCACAUAAAAUUUUACAAAAUAUCGCAUAUAUAAUACCGCGGUAUAACCGGCCACGUCCUGUACAUAUUAUAUUGUAUACGUAGUGCAGAAAACUAACUUCCGUCGCGGUACAGCCGGCAAUAUCGCAUCGUAUAAUACGUCCCGGAAGUAUAUAUUACUCUUGAACUUUGCUGCGUAUUUUCUACGCAGUAUCAAUUAUACACGCGUGUGUGCUUAAAAUAGAUAAUUAUGUAUAAUAUAUAGAUAUACGAAACUAGAAUAUCAAAAGUACACCUCGACUUUAUAUAUAUAUAUAUACUGCAGCUGUAGCGAAACAAAUAAAAACACGUCAUCAUGGAGUGCCCAAAACCUUCGUUUCUCAUCAGAGAUUUGAUCGGAGACGUCUUACAAACUUCAAAAUCAUCUGAUAUGUCCAGCGACGAAGGCACAGCCGACAUGGAUGACCGUACGCUAACAGUCAGUAAUUUUUCCGCACUACCGUUGUUGGUGCAAAAACACCACCACCACCACUACCAACAACACCAAGACAUGUUGGCCGGGAAAUCGUGCGGCCGGAAGGUCAGACGCAGGAGAACAGCGUUCACCCACGCCCAACUAGCUUAUCUCGAACGCAAGUUUCGUUCCCAGAAGUAUUUGUCCGUAGCCGAUCGCAGCGACGUGGCUGAAGCGUUGAAUUUGUCAGAAACUCAGGUCAAAACAUGGUACCAAAAUCGAAGAACGAAGUGGAAGCGUCAGAACCAGUUGCGUCUUGAUCAACUGCGCCAACAGUCGGUUGAACCGCAGUCGGACACGUCGGCCGCUGCCGCCGCCGAGUACGGUCAGCACCACAAGCAACAGCACAGACUGCACUCGGUGGAAUCGCACCAUAAUCGGCAAGAGCACAGAGUGUACGUACCGUCGUCAGCGGCGUCGGCGACCGCGGACUCAGACAUCCAGGCGGCCGCGGAAGCGUCAGCCACCGCACCGCUGACGUCGACGGCAGCAGCGGCCGCGGCUGCGUUCAUCGGCGCGCCGUACCCUGGGGUGGCCAACGGCGCGCGAUGGAACUUUCUGACUACGGCUGCGGCCAUCGUGCGGAACGUGUCAUACGUGCACGGGUGUCACAUGUAAAUAAUAUUAUAAUAUAGUAAUGGCAUAUUAUUGUAAUAUGAUUCAGUUCGCAUCGACACGGAUUGUAUACAGGGUGGUCGUACGAACGAUAUCAUAAUAUUAUACUAUAAGUCUAUAAGCGGACGCUUUAAAUAGUAUUAUAAUUUUUAAGCAAAUAAAUCUACAGGCACAAUAUAUGUUAUGUGUUAGUUCGGCAAAGCUUUUUGAAAUUACGUGAACAUAAUACAUUUUUACACAUAGGCGUGACCCCAGGAGAAAUCGUGGCUAUCCUUAGACCAGUUAGACCAAUUAGUAAGUAGAACUAGUAGAAGGGACAAAAAGCUUAAAGUUUGAACUCAAUCUUUGCAAAUAAUUUAUAAUUACAUAUUAACAAAAAAUAUAUUAUUAUGCAAAAGUUACAUAAAAAUGAGUAAAAUAGAAACUAACAAAAUGUUUAGAGAGCUAUAUAAUGUAUUUAGGUAUGCCUUUUCUCAUCGAAGACAACACUGCAGUGUUAAAUAGUAUCAACACUGCUACAUGUAGCAAGUCUGUGUUGCACUACAUCGUAUAUUAUCGUAAAAGAAUUGACUACUUAUUGAAUAAUUGAUCGUAAAGACAUUUUGGUCUUGCAGAUCUCACCUUAUGACAAACUCAUAAUUGGUUAAUUUGGUUCAAAACAUUUUUAACUGCUAAAAAAAUAAAAUAAUAAAAUAAAAAAUAAAAAAAAUAAAAUAAAAAAAUAAAAAUAUUUAUCAAGUUCAAGACUUCUAUAACCACAUAUUAAGUUUUUAGCUUGGGAUAAGCUAUAAAUAUAUAAAUCAAACAAAGACCCCCUCCUAUAACCCCUGUUCGGUAGGGUAUUUACCAUAGACAUAUAAUAUUUCUUAAUAUUUCUAUAAUAAGUACUUAUUAUAGAUACUAAUACUAUUUACUAUUUAGUAUUUUUAUUUAUUUGUAAAAAACGAAUUUUGAGGUCAUAGAUCCAUAAGUUUCCCUAAUGUGCUUAAACAUUUUUCAUUGGAUUCCUCUAUCAUGAAGGUCACGCCUAUGUUUAACAAUUUAUUUUUAGUAUACUAAAGACUCAGUAAAAAUUAUUUCAAAACAGUAGGUACCUAGGCAAUUGUGGACUUGUGGUGUUCUUUUUUAAUUUACCAACUUCAUCUGUAUAUUUAGUUUCUGUAAUUUUAACCUAAUGAAAUGUCAUACUAGACAGGUAUCAACAACAAUACAACAUUAUUAAUCAGAUUUUUAUUUAGCAUAAAAUAAUAUCAAAUAAUAUAACAAUACCUAUGAUACCUACUUAGUGGUUUAUUUACAGAAGGCCCAGCCCCCCCUCCAGAAAAAAAUUAAUUAGUUUAAAAUGUACCACUGUACUAGGUAAUCAGUGGUGUUCCCAUGAAUUUUUUGAGAGUAUACUAUAUCAUCAAAUACGCAUGUAUUAUGGGUAUACGCAGUUACCCAUACUAUUGAAUAAAAAUCUUAAGAGUAUACGGCGUAUAUGUAGUAUACCCUAUGGGAACACCCCUGUAGGUAAUACUUACUUAUCAAUGAUGUUUUGAAAAACAUUUAAAUAUUUAACAAUUUAUGAAUUAAUUAUUAUUGUUAUUGAAUAGUGAAAUUAAUUAAAUAUUGACAUAAACCUAAAUAUUAUUACAUAAUGUAAAUAUUAAUUUUUAUAAGAAUUGUAUUUUUUUUUUUUUUAAUAUUAACAGUAUAGAACACGGCUGUUAAUGUAGUAUGUAAUUAAUAAAUUAAGCCUAUGAUAAAUUAUUUAUGAAACAAUUUUGUUUUAAUUACAACCCAAGUCUCUAAACGUUUAAACUUUAAACCAGCAAUUUUCCACCAAUGGGGGAGGGUCACCAUCAAUUUUUUUAGUAUCGCCACAAUUCAUGUAAUAAUAAAACAAAAUUUUUUUUACUUCAAAAUUUCUCAUCAACAACAGCAAAUCAUAAAAUUAAAAAUAUUCAAAGGUAUAAAAUCUAACCUUUUUUUUGUAAAAUGCAUAACAAAUUAAUACAAUAAUAGUUUGUAACAACUUUUUAAUGUUUACAUUACAAAAGGGUCGUUAGAUAUUUUGGUGACAUUAAAGGGGAUCGCAGAUUUAAAAAGGUUGAGAACUGCUGCUCUAAAUCAUCAAUAUUAUUCUACAUUAAGUAAAAAUAAUGAAAGUAAUUUAGAAUUGUAUUAAUAAUAUUGUAAUAAAUUAAGUCUUAAUUAGAAUUUUUUUUGUAUAUCCAAAGGUUUCCAAAUUUUUGGAUUAGAUUUAAUUGUUAAAAUAAGAUCACAAAUUGUUCAGUUAAUUCAUUAUUUUCAAUUUUUAUAAUAUUUGAAUUUUUAUGAUAUUUAGUAUUGUUAUACUGAAUCAUUGAAUAUUUUUAUAAUUAUAAGUAAUAAUGUAUGUGACUAAUUUGUAUAAUUAAGACAUG